AUGCGUCGCGGGUUCCAUCACGCUGCGGCAGCCAUAAAGGUGCUCGGCACCGCCUGCUGCUCUCCGCUGCGGCACAGUACCGGAAGUGGUGAUGGUGGCGGGCGCCGCGCGGUGGAGGUGACACCGCCGCCCCCUCGCCCCGCGUUCUACGUGCCGCCGGAGGAACGUGACCCAAACGACGCGUCGCUCGCAUUUCUUCGCAGGGGCGUGCAGGCAAAGGCGAGUGGCAGUAACAAUGCCACGGUGGACACAGAUGAGGUGCAGCUAGGCAAAGGGCAGUCCUUUGCCCCGGAAUUGCAUAGUCAUCCUCCUCGUGUACCUCAUUAUAUGGAUGAAACAUCAGCUAAUUUGGCCUCAACGAGUGUUCACGCUGGGCGCUCUCUUUUAGCGGAGGAGUAUGAGGAUACUACAACUAGUCGUCUCGCGGUUCUGAGAAACACACCGCGAAGAUCCAAGAAGUCGGGGGAUGUAGCUAAAGGGACCCUUCCUGUGUCAGGGCCUGGGAGUUCCAUUUUUGAGAGUUGGGAUCGGAUAGAAGGUGCAGAGGGAGAAAAAACCGCUGCUGGAUUUGCUGGAGGACGUGAUGUGGGUAGUGCUAAUAGUGAUCGUACAGGCGAGGGUUCCGUGCCGCAGAAAAAGCCGCUUCUGGAACGGCUAGAGGUGGACCUCCGGCGCCUUGAGUACUACCAAGGAACACCACAGUAUUCACAGAUCUUGGAAGAAUUCCGCGCCAAAUAUGGCUCUACCAGCAAUGGCAGUGAUGCCGAACGUGGUGCUGGUGCGGAUCAACGCUUGUAUAGUCAAGAGGAAACGCAAAGUGGACUUGAGUCGCAGCCUAUUGACUACCUUCGCGCAAGCACCAAACUUAAAGUGGAGCUUGCUAGCGGCCCUAGAGCCUACGACCCCGUUGUUGUGAUGCAGCAACUCGGUGUGAUGCGGUAUCAGGGUUACGCCUUCCCUCCCACCACAGAACUAGGGAGCUUGCGCGAUAGAGACGGCAAGGUGAUUCUGUCAAGUAGUGAGGGCAACAUGAUUGGAGGCCACUUGCAUAAGAACGUUUCCUCUGCUAUGAAAACACAGCUUGGAGGAUCCCAGGACAAUAGUCUCAUCUACCGAACACUGGGCUUGGAUGCGGUGCAGCGGCGACAGGUAAGAGCCAUGCUCAGCGACUUUGACUACUCCGAUCGUCACACAGCGUUUCACGUGAUGAUGUCUUACCCGUACACCGAUUGGUUGCACGUGCUUUACAUGGUCUUGAUAGGUGUGGCGCUUUACACACUGCAGGUGCAUUGCAACGCAUACGGAUUUUAUGAUGAGUAUUUGGGGCUGGAUCUGCGUCAGGUUCCAAGGUUGAAGAAACCAUUUCUGGCGUUGGUGACUGUUGUGUUCAUGUCGGUCGUCCUCUUUCGACCUCUGCUUGUGGCUAGCAUAGCAACAACGCGGCUUUACCGCAUUGCGAUGAAACGCCCCAUUGGCCCCCCGUAA